AGUGGUGCUGUCCCCCCGGCCCGUCCCAGCAUGCUGAGCCGGACUGACGACUGAGGAAUGGCAUCGGCUGUGUUUGAAGGGACGUCGCUGGUCAACAUGUUUGUCAAGGACUGCUGGGUUAACGGGAUCCGGCGGCUCAUCAUCAGCCAGCGCGGGGAGGAAGAGGAGUUUUUCGAGAUCAGGACUGAGUGGUCCGACAGGAACAUUUUAUACUUGCACCGGAGUUACUCGGAUUUGGGGAGGCUGUUUAAAAGGCUGGUGGAGUGCUUUCCUGAGGACAGACGGGACCUUUCCAAGUCCCCGCUGAUAGAAGGGCUGGUAAAAAUCAAAGAAGCAAAUGACAUUGAGAUGAAGCUGAAUGAGGUGGAGAGGCUACUGAAGAAUGCUAUCAAUAUGCCAUGGAAGUAUUCCAGGUCAGAGGUGAUGUUAACCUUCUUUGAGCGGUCACCGCUGGAUCAGGUGCUAAGGAACGACAAAGUCCACAGAAUCCAGCCUUGCUUUCAGAGUCCGAUCAAGAUAUCAGAAAUCAUGCGAUCAAAUGGUUUCUGUCUGGCCAAUACAGAGACGAUCGUAUAUGACGAGAGUCUCCCCCAGGAAAAAGAGAGACCUUCAUCUACUGACUCUGGGGAACAUGCGUAUGAGGACGGAACGGAGUUCUUGCCAAUGGAACCGGAGCUGUGUGAUGAGGAAACAGAGGCGUACGUCACCAACCUGUCCUACUACCAUCUGGUCCCAUUUGAAACAGAUAUUUUGGAAUGAGGAACUUCACAAGAUACAUGCUGGGUGAAUGGACAUUUGAAGAAGAACACACGCCGUUAAACGAAACCUAGCUAUGCAAUGCCCUUUUCGGUCGUUGAGGGAACGUGCUACACGCAGCUGCUCCAGUGUCCUGCUGCUGCUGCGGCUCAUUCUAACAUUUUUUCCAAAGUGGCUUUUCCCUAGCUGGUUUGGGACUCGACUGUAUGGUUUCCCAGUGCACCCAAAGACUGAGAGAGCAACAAACAGUGCCACUGUUAUCCUCUGCCUCUGUCUUUCAUCACUUUACGUGAUGUCACCACUGUGCCUCAUUCUUAGCCUUACUCCAGUGUCUCAAGUCCAAACAGGAUGGGAUUCUCUUUAGACCGACUAUAGAUGGCUGUGAGGUGACGUAACCCUCCGUCUGGCAGCCAUAGAGGAGGCCCUCAGUGUUUGGGGCAACAGAGGCUGACAGCAGCUGUUUGUGUUUCAGAAUGCAAACUAAGAUAUCUCAAAAUCUUUAGGGAGCUGAUCAUUUCCCCACGGAAACAUGUAAUCAAUAUGGUGUUUAGAUAAUGUCUGCUUGUUUGCUAGCAGCUG